AUGAUGAACUUUUUUACAUCAAAACCAUCUAAUCAAGAUACCAGGUUUGGCUCUCAGCAUCAACAUCCAAAUGAACAGAAUAACGAAAACAACAACGGCAACAACGUUGAAAGUAAUAACGGAUACCCCUGUAAACUAGUGUCUAGUGGCCCCUGUACUUCAUCAAAUAACGGCGCCCUAUUCACAAACUUUACUUUACAAACCGCAACACCCACCACUGCUAUUAGUCAGGACUUAUACGCUAUGGGUACCACGGGAAUAACGUCGGAAAACGCUCUCUUUCAAAUGAAGUCAAUGAAUGAUGGGAUAUCGCCGGCCAAUAACAGUAACAAUAACAAUAAUAACAAUAACAAUAACAAUAAUAAUGACCCGCCCACAAUUAUCACCACUUUGCAAGGGGAGGCGAACGCUGGGAAUGCAAAUACUAAUACCGGUGGCAAUUCUUCACAAAAUUGUGCAGACGAUAACUUUUCUUCGAGUUCCACCACCAAAUGCUUACUGUCUUCCACUUCCUCGUUAUCUAUAAGUCAACGAGAGGCUGCUGCAGCUUAUGGUCCAGAUACUGACGUUCCUAGGGGCAAGCUACAAGUCACGAUAAUAGAGGCACGUGACCUGGUUACCAGGUCAAAGAAUUCACAACCUUAUGUCGUUUGUACGUUCGAAAGUUCAGAGUUUAUUUCCAAUGGCCCUGAAUCACUGGGAAGUGGUCAUAACGACAACCAAAACCAGCAUAAUCAAAACCAGCAUAGUAACAACAAUAACAACGAAAACAUCAAUCCUGACGCCGCUAGCCAGCAUCACAACAACAACAACAACAACAACAACAGUGGCUGGAACGGUCCUCAGUUGCCAUCAAUAAAAGAGCAUUUGAAGAGAAAACCCCUUUAUACACACAGAUCAUCUUCUCAGCUGGAUCAGCUAAACUCUUCUACGGCUACUGAGUCCAACAAACGUUCUUCCAAUUCUUCCUCAGGUUCUUCAAAUGGUCCAAACAAUAAUAGUUCGCAUCCGAUAUGGCAUCACAAAACAACGUUCGAUGUCCUGGGAUCUCAUUCGGAGUUAGAUAUUUCUGUCUACGAUGCUGCUCACGAUCAUAUGUUUCUAGGUCAAGUUAGACUGUGUCCAAUGAUCCAUAAUUUAGCGCAUGCCUCCCAACACCAAUGGCAUGAUUUGAAGCCUCGUGUUAUUGAUGAAGUGGUGUCUGGAGAUAUCCUAAUUAAAUGGACUUACAAGCAAACGAAGAAAAGACAUUAUGGUCCCCAGGAUUUUGAAGUUCUUCGAUUACUGGGUAGGGGGACGUUUGGUCAAGUCUAUCAGGUCAAGAAGAAAGACACUCAAAGAAUUUACGCUAUGAAGGUCCUCUCGAAAAAAGUUAUUGUCAAGAAAAAUGAAAUUGCACACACUAUUGGUGAAAGAAAUAUCUUAGUCACUACUGCGUCCAAAUCAUCUCCAUUCAUUGUCGGAUUGAAAUUUUCCUUCCAAACACCAACAGAUUUGUACCUGGUUACUGACUAUAUGAGUGGUGGAGAAUUAUUUUGGCAUUUACAGAAAGAGGGCCGUUUUUCUGAAGAUAGAGCCAAAUUCUACAUUGCUGAGUUAGUCCUAGCCUUGGAACAUUUGCACGAUAACGACAUCGUUUAUAGAGAUUUAAAGCCCGAAAAUAUCCUACUUGAUGCCAAUGGUAACAUUGCUCUUUGCGAUUUCGGUCUUUCUAAAGCCGAUUUGAAGGAUAGAACAAAUACCUUCUGCGGUACCACCGAGUAUUUGGCACCAGAAUUGUUACUAGACGAAACCGGUUACACUAAAAUGGUCGAUUUCUGGUCACUAGGUGUAUUAAUAUUCGAAAUGUGCUGUGGUUGGUCACCUUUUUUUGCUGAGAAUAACCAAAAAAUGUACCAAAAAAUUGCAUUCGGUAAGGUCAAAUUCCCCAGAGACGUGCUAUCACAGGAAGGGAGGUCCUUUGUUAAGGGAUUAUUGAACAGAAAUCCCAAGCAUAGGCUGGGCGCUAUCGACGACGGGAGAGAACUACGAGCUCAUCCCUUCUUUGCCGAUAUCGACUGGGAGGCCUUGAAGCAGAAAAAAAUUCCACCUCCAUUCAAACCACAUUUAAUCUCGGAAACGGAUACUUCAAACUUUGACCCGGAAUUCACGACGGCUUCAACCUCAUAUAUGAACAAGCACCAGCCUAUGAUGACCGCUACCCCACUAUCUCCUGCCAUGCAAGCCAAGUUUGCCGGCUUCACCUUUGUCGAUGAAUCUGCCAUCGAUGAACACGUCAAUAACAACCGGAAGUUCCUGCAAAACUCAUACUUUAUGGAGCCGGGUUCCUUCAUCCCGGGAAAUCCAAACCUGCCCCCAGAUGAAGAUGUCAUCGAUGAUGACGGGGACGAGGACAUCAACGAUGGCUUCAGCCAAGAGAAAAGCAUGAAUAACAGCCAUUCCCACAUCGAUUUCGACGGCGACCAACACAUGGAUGACGAAUUUGUCAGCGGUAGAUUUGAAAUAUGA